CUGUCGUAAACUGAGAUUUCCUGACGGCUGCCUAGCUUUACGAUGACAACAACUAUGGCGGCUGCCAGUGGCAGAUUUGAAAGUGAGAGGAGUAUAGAAGAGCGAAAAGAGCAGACCCGGGUUGCCAGGGCCGAGGUGUUGCGCCAGGCUAAAGCUAACUUUGAAAAGGAAGAAAGGCGUAAAGAACUUAAACGACUUCGGGGUGAGGAUACAUGGAUGCUACCGGAUGUAAAUGAGCGAAUUGAACAAUUCUCACAGGAACACUCUGUGAAGAAAAAGAAAAAAAAAGACAAGCAUUCAAAAAAAGUAAAGAAAGAGAAGAAAAAAAAGAGCAAGAAGGAGAAAUAUGAGAAGAGCAAGGAGUCAUCUGAUAGUUCAUCUAGCUCUGAAGAGGAGUGGGUUGAAGCUGUUCCACCCCAGACUUCUCACCAGGAAAAGGCCUGGAAAGUGAAAGGUGAAAAGUCAGAAAAAGAAGAUGACAGUAAAGUUACUCAGAGGGAUGAGUGGAUGACUGUUGAUUUUAUGACUGUCAAAACUGUGUCAUCAUCAUCACUUAAAGCUGAAAAGGAAACUCAAAGGAAAAUAGAACAGGAGAAAACCCAAGCGCUUGAGCAUUCCAAACUCCUGGAAAGAGAAUUGAAUCCAUACUGGAAGGAUGGUGGAACAGGCCUUCCACCAGAAGACUGUGGUGUGUCAUCGGUUACUAAAGUUUCAGGAGUAGAAGAUGGUGGAUUAAGCUGGCUAAGGAAAUCUUACCAGAGAAUGAAGGAACAGGCUGAGAAACAAAAUAAAAAUCUGGAGGACAUUGUAGCUGAAAGAUAUGGGUCAAUGGAAAUAUUUCAGUCGAAAUUAGAAGAAGCUGAAAAAAUUGCAUCCAAAAAAGAAGAUUAUAGAAGAGAACGGUGGAGGAAACCAGCAUAUUCAGAUAUAACACAAAAUAAUCAAGAAAGUAGAAAAUCAGACUUUGUAAAAUACAGUAAAAGUUCAAAGGAUAGAUACAAUGCAACAGAUAUUGCAAAUUGUAGCAGUAAAGAUAAAUUUAUUGGGGAUGAAAAAGAUAAGAGAUCUGAAUCUUUAGAAACAUAUAGGAGAGAUUCUGUUCCAAGGCAAAAUCGAGAGUUUUCUUCUGGGAAUUUGAGACCCAAAUUCUUAAGACCUUCUGAUGAUGAAGACUUGUCAUUUCACAGCAAGAGCAGAAAUUUGGAACCAUCUCAUUCAUCUACAUCAUGGGCAGCUGAGGGUUCUUUGCGUUGUGGUUUUCGAAAACCUAUCGAAAACAGUGAGAAAAUUUUAACAUCAUUGAGUGGAUCUGAUGGAAGUGAAGGAGGCAAGAAACAUUCAGAUCAAAAGCUUUCAGAAAUCAGCAGCAUUGACUGUGGACACAUUUCAGAAGACGUGAAAGAAAAAUCACACCCUGAAAGUUUGCAAGAUGACCCUCCGAAAAGAGAAUAUCUGCAAGACACAAAGUCUACAUUUGCUGGCAGUGGUCCAGAGGAUGAGUCCAUCCACAUCCUGAGUGUUGAUGAGAAGAACAAGCUGGGAGCAAAGAUUAUCAAGGCAGAGAUGAUGGGGAAUAUGGAAUUAGCUGAAAAACUUAAAGCCCAACUUGAGAAGGCAAAUAAAUUCAAAGAAACUGUAACACAGAUAUCAUCAAAAAAAUCUGGGGUAGAGAAUGAAGACCAGCAGGAAGUGGUCCUUGUCAGGACAGAUCAGUCUGGAAGAGUGUGGCCUGUGAACACACCAGGAAAUCCUCUGCAAGCGAAAGGAGGGAGAAGCAAAAGACAGAUGGUUUCAACCCAUGAGGAAAAAGAAAGAGUCAGAUACUUUCAUGAUGAUGAUAAUCUAAGCCUAAAUGAUUUAGUCAAAAAUGAGAAGAUGGGAACAGCAGAAAAUCAGAACAAGCUUUUUAUGAGAAUGGCAUCUAAGUUUAUGGGAAAAGCAGAUGGAGAUUACUACACUUUAGAUGACAUGUUUGUCUCCAGAGCAGCUGAGAGAGGACGUCUUGGUGAAGAGGAAGAGAAUCAGAGGAAAAGAGCUAUUGCGGAGCAUCAGAGUCUUGCUGCACAAAUGGAAAAAUGUCUGUAUUGUUUUGACAGCUCUCAGUUUCCCAAGCACCUUAUUGUUGCCAUAGGUGUUAAGGUUUAUUUGUGUUUACCCAACUUCCAGUCUCUUACUGAGGGGCACUGCCUGAUAGUCCCUUUGCAGCACCAUAGAGCAGCCACAUUACUAGAUGAGGACAUCUGGGAGGAAAUUCAGAUGUUCAGAAAAUCAUUGGUUAAGAUGUUUGAAGAUAAAGGUUUGGACUGCAUCUUUUUAGAAACUAACACGAACUUGAAGAAGCAGUAUCACAUGAUUUAUGAAUGUAUUCCUCUCCCAAAGGAAGUGGGUGAUAUGGCUCCCAUCUAUUUUAAGAAAGCCAUAAUGGAAUCUGAUGAAGAGUGGUCCAUGAACAAGAAAUUGAUUGAUCUUUCUUCAAAAGAUAUCAGAAAGUCUGUACCCAGAGGCUUGCCUUACUUCUCUGUGAACUUUGGUCUUCAAGGAGGGUUUGCCCAUGUCAUUGAAGAUCAACACAAGUUCCCUCAUUACUUUGGAAAGGAAAUCAUUGGUGGAAUGUUGGAUUUAGAACCAAGACUUUGGAGGAAAGGGAUUCGGGAAAACUUUGAAGACCAGAGGAAGAAAGCCCUGCAGUUUGCUCAGUGGUGGAAACCAUAUGACUUCACCAAAAGGUAUAAGUGCCCCCAAGGAACCCUGGUAUUAGCAGUGCCUGGAAGAGCUCCUGCCACUGGACAAACAUUUGUGGAGUAAAUGGAUACACACAUCCCUUGUGUGUUGACUUAGCUGUAGCACAUUCAAAAACAGCCAACGAAGGACCUAGAAACCAUGAUCUCCGAAGAGCAGCUGAUGAAAACAGGGAAAACUGGAUGAGAGAAGAGAAUCGUAGAGCAAGAUGUUUCAAGGUGUGAGGGACCCUUGUCAGGUGCAAGAUGGAGUCUUUCAUGGCCUUGCUUUGAGGCCCAAAUGAAGGGGAAUGACUGAGAUGGACAGAGAACAGAUUUGGUCUUGCCAUGUAAGUUGAACUUAAAUUGCUGGUAUUUGAUCAUUUUAACCAAUAAAAAUGCCCAAUUUAUGUGAAAAAAUAUGAAAAGAAUAGAAAUGGAUACUGCUACUGAAGUUUAAAAAAAGAGUUACUGAGAUUAUUUCAGAGAUAAUUAUCUGUAUCUUUGGUACAUGACAUCUUUGUCCAAGUAGGAAGGAAUUAUAGCAGUUCUGUGAUUCUAGGGUUCAUAAAAGUAGCAGUCAGAUGAAGUGGAAUCUCUUACAGUCUUUUUUAUUUGAAUUUUGUAUCAUUAAAAUGGGUCAUCAUAUAGUACUUGAGAGAGAAUGCAUGAUCUGUUACCCUUAACACAACUGAAGACAGUUAGCUUUUGGACAGGAAAGGCUAGUUAACUUACCUUCAUUAAACAUUCCCAAAAGUUCUUGUUCUCUUAAACAUCUUGAUAAAAAUUUGUUAUAACUCUGAAAUCUUUCAGCAAUACUUUCAAAUAUCACAGUCUCUUCUAGUAAAAAUGACAUUUUUUCCUUCAUGAUUUAUUGGUAUCUCUUGGCUCCAGAAUCAUCAUUUAGGAUUCAUCUCUUUGAAAUAUGCAGAAACAAAAUUUAUUGCAUAGUUAAUGGUUUUCAUCCAUCUUACCUUUCAAAUUGGUAGUCUCCACUAAGAUGUAUUUAGAUGAUAAAUAGUAAGACAUGCACCUUUCCUAUUAGUUGUCUUUUAUGUACUUAGUAUUAAGGUGUUGAUCAGAUGUUAUGAAACGAUCAUAUUUUAUUAUAAUUACUAUCAUUUGGUAUAGCUGUAUGCCAGACUGCCCACUGGAUUCUGAAUACAAAUCAGUGACUGAAUGUAGUUAUGCAUAUUUUAGGCUUUUAAAUGAGGUAUUUCAACUGCAAAGUAAAUGCAGCCUCCUUCAAUUUAUUUUUAUUUCCUGAUAAAUUAUGAAGUCCUAUUUGGAAGGUAUAAUAAUGUAAAGACAUUGACUUUGCAGUGGUGUAGUCAUGUAUUAAUAAUUGUGUGGUCCUGUACACAUUAUUUAAAUGUCCUAGUGUACUUGCCAUGAGGCAGGUAUAAUGCAAGAAUUUUGAAAAGGAACACAAAGAAGCUAGAAUCUGGCUUGAAAGUGCUAAGCAUCUAAUGAGAGUGGAGGUGUGGCAAACACAAUCUCAGAAAGUUGUUGAAAUUAAGUGACUUAACAUGUUCCCAGUGCAUAGACUAGUAAAGAAAAUGUUGUAAAUAUUUUUCUCCCUUUUUAGAAAUUCCCCAUUUAGCUUCUUUAAGGCAGACCUGAUUCCAUGUAGUGAUAAUUUGAUAUAAUUCCAAAUUGCCUUGAUAAGUGGAGUUUCAACACAAAGUCUUAUAUAAAUCUUAAUUGUAAUAUCUGUGCAUUCUCCCUAAUACGAACUUGAGUUUCACCACAUAGAAGCAAUUUUUCAAAGAUCUAAUAAAAUUUCCUGCCUACAUGAAUUUAACAAAUUAAUCACCUGCUUUUCUUUUGAAUGUGCCUCAAGAGAACGAGGAACAAAGCAUCAUUGAGAUGUAUUAUUAGCUGACAUAAUUUUUGAGAAUGUCUGCACAGAUAUACAAGGUGUUUAUAAUACUCAAAGGAUCUUAAUUUUCCAGGAAGGAGGAAAUAAAGCACUCUUUAAGAUAUUACUUAAAUGUUUCCAGCUAUUGUACUCUGUUACAAAGUUUUACUUCUAAAUAUGAAGGAACUUUAAAAAGUACAUAGUAGUAGAAUUAAAAGAUAAGUACGUUUAUUUUGGGGCAAAAAAGUUGUUUGGUGGCCUUCCCAGGCUGAGGUGGACAUAGUUGAUCACAUACACCUGCCUGGGCUCCUGAACUUCCUUUUUGAGCCCCUUUUGUCUUUUGUUGAAAUGCUUGGACUUUGGUUUCAGAGCGGCAUGAGCCUACCCCAGCUUUGGUGAUUGUGGUUGGUCGUGAAUGCCUGUCUGGACUCUCUGUCUCCCUUUCCAAGCCUGUCACAUUUUGGUAUGUGCAAGUGGCCACACACACAUGCCCUGGAAUUUGGCCCACACUGAUGUAACCUGGCCACCACCACUGAGAUCAGUAUAUCCCUGCUGAGACUGAAAGGAGUACCCAGGUGCCUGGCACCAGUGCCAUCAUGAACAAUCAAAAAUUACAUAGCGGGAGUACACUGGUAUACAAUUCAAUCUAAAGUCAAAGGAGCUAUCAAACUGGCAAUUGAAGACACACCUUCAGGAAGAAGUCUUCAAUCCAUGAAAGCUGCCAUUUAAAAGCAAUGUAAGUAACUGAUCCACUAGAAGACAAAUAUCAAGACAGGUAUGUAAGAAGUGUGAGAAAUCAAACAAUAUGAUGUCCCAAAAGAAAAAAAAGUUUGAAUAUCAGAUCACACAGGAAGAGAGAUUGAUAAAAUGCUUGAUGAAGUAUUUAAAAUAAUGAUUAUAAGGAUACUCAAAGAGAUAAAAAUAAUACAGAUAGUUAAAUGAAAUUGUGAAAUCAGUGCAUGAUACAAGUGAUAAAUUCUGCAGAGAGAUCUUGAAAAAUAAUCAAACACAAAUCUUAGAAAUGAAGAAUUCAAUAAAUCAUAUUGAAAAUAAGGUUGAAGUCCUCAACAACAGACCAUAUCAAGCAGAACAAAGAAUAUCUGAAUCUGAAAAGUACUUUUUGAAAUACCCCAGUCAUAUAAUAAAAAAAAAUUCAAGACAGCCUCAAAGACCUUUGGUAUAGCAUUAAAGAAACUCAUAUUCCAAUUAUAGAGAUUCUCAAGUGAUAAGAGAAGGAUAAAAUUAUUGAAAACAUAUAGAUGAAAUAACAGCUGAAAAUUUCCCCAAUCUUGAUAAAGAUAUGGAGAUCAAUUUACAAUUCAAUGCAAUUCUCAUAAAUAUAUGGGUGUCAUUCUUUACAGAACUAAAAAAUAAGCAGUCCUAAAAUUCAUUGGAAGCAUAAAAGCUCACAAAUAUCCAAAGCAACAUUGAACAAAAAGAAUAAAACUGGAGUUAUCAAAAUAUCCCAACAAUAUAGUAUUAAUAUGAAAACAAGCACAUAGACCAAUGCAAUAGAAGAGAGAUUCAGGCUGGUGCCCCGGCUCACUA